AUGUUGGAGACCCAGUCUGAGCGGCAACCGGACGCUGCUCAUAUCCGAGCUGAUCCCCUGCUUCCCUCGGACCCGCCAGUUUCUACUUCUCUGACGGCAUCGUUCGGCCCAAUCGAAGAUACUGCCCUCUCGAGACUGUUCAGUCCAUUAAAUGCAUCGUCUACGGGGGCCGGAUUCAAUGAUUAUCAUGAAACUCAUGGUGAUAACCACGUCUCCCACCAGGAUAGUGUAUCUCGGCAACAGAACCUCGGCUUAAUCAAUAUCGAAACUCCACCGUCGAACACUACCGCGGCAGACGCACUACCCGGUCAAGAAUAUCCACUAUCCUCUGAAGUAUCCAGCGCCGGUCGUUCUAAGCGCAAAGCUGGCACUCUGGAAGAGGACUCUAGCGAUGAGAAGGCCACGACGGCCAUCAAACGCCAGCGCAACACCAUGGCGGCACGGAGGUACCGUCAGAAGGGACGUGAUCGCAUUGCUGAGCUGGAGUGUGCUUUGAGAGAUGUGGAGCAGGAGCGAGACGAGCUCAGGCUCCAGCUGGCGAGGAGAGAGGCUGAAGUGGCUGCUUUGAAGGAGAUGUUGAGGGGGUAG